AGUGGAAUUCCUUGAAAGCGAAAGCAGUGGUCUGCUUCUUUUCCACAAGUAUUUUGAAUAGCGCACUCAUUUGGAGCAGCUGCGCUGGCGGUUGAGCUAACCAACAACCAGGUAACUUCAGUCAUUUGUUUACACAUUUUAGCGGUCUUCAAGAUCAAAAUGCCGCCCAAGGAGCAGUCAAAGGCCUCUCUCAAAGCGCAGAGGGCAAAGGCCAAAAAGGAAAAGCAGUUGCUCGACGCCCGAAUCAAAGAGUGCCAAGAAAAGUGCGCGGAAGCCAAAGGUUUUUUGGAGCCAUCCGGUCGCAAUGCACAACCAAAUUUCACCAAGUCAAAAGCAGCACUGGAUGCCGCCGUUGAGGCGUACGACGCCAGUCCUUAUCCAUUCUUUCUUCUGGGGCAGUGGCAUCGAAUGCAAGGGAUGCCCACGGAAGCGAUCGAGAGCUACUCUCACGCGCUUGACUUAGACCCGACGAACGUGCAGGCACUCGAAUGGAGAGCGCAGUGCUAUCACACCUUGCACGACUUCCCUCAUGCCAUCGAGGACAACACAAGCAUCAUUACUUUAGAGCCCGAAAACGAUCAUGCGUACAAUAUGCGUGGCUUGUGCGUGCUCGAAAGCUGUGUUCCGGGGCUCCGCCUGCGGUCUGCCGACUUUGCCUCUUGCGUGGAUGACUUUAAUACAGCUGUUCGCCUCAACGAAGCAAAUUACUACGCAAUGGCAAACCUAGGUAAAGCUUGUGAGGUUCAGGGAGACAGCGACAGGGCGAUCGAGUGCUAUGGGCGCGCACUCCGGGUCAACGAGGCCUACGCGUACGCCAGGUUUCGUCGCGGCUGCACCGCCUUGCGCGUGGCUGAGUCCAUCGUGCGAAACCGUCAGCAGGAGGAAGACGACGAGUUCGACAAUGCCGCACCGGACGCAGCCGAAAUUAGCGUAGGAUCGUUGCAGCAAAGUAUGAUCGCUGACGCGACAAUCAAUGGACUUGAACGUAGCAUAAAAGUCUCUGUGCCUCAAAAUGGGUUCGCUUUGUUAGCGGACGCCAAGGCGGAGGUCCGACAGCAGUUGGAAGAGGAACAUUCAGCAAAGAUGUCGGCGCACCUACUGCAUGUUGCGGAGAGCGACUUUGCUGCCUUGAUGGAUCCCAACCCCGAAGCGAACAAAGCUGCGGGGGAUGCGAUGGUGGCGCUCAACAGUGGAAUCUGUGCACUUUUGAAGAGAAACUUCAAGAAGGCAGAUGAGUGUUUUAAACUGACUCAGGAGAUCCUCCAAAAUCGACCUGCUUUGGUUGAAGACGGAGAAGCAGAACCCAUUGAAAAUGCAGAUAUGAUCAAGCAGGUGCUGGCAAUCCGGAAAAGAGAACUCAAGCUCGAAAAAGACCGAAUGCGAUCUGCUGUCGCUUGA